AUGUACCCGAUAAUCUUGAGUAACGAUACUCUGCAUUCUUACAAGAAGCUCGUCGCCAUCUAUCUAUGUGACAAUUGGCUUCUUGAAUUCGACGAGGCACUCUUCGCCAAUCAGCAUUACCUGAAAGUACUGGAUCUCACGCGCAACAUUCUCUUCAAACUGCCCAAAAAUUUCUUCCAGUUUCCGUAUCUGCACACGCUCUAUCUCGGCCACAACAUGCUCUCCGAUUCCGCAUUCAAGAUAAACCCGACCCUCAUUCAUCUCGACGUGUCCUACAACGUAAUCACCUCGAUCAGCACCGAGGAUCUGGCUCCCUUCUGCUCGCUGAAAAAGCUCGAUCUGACCGGAAAUAGAAUCAGAUUCAACGCGAGCAGCUGUGAUUGUCAGGCGUUCAACGUCUGGGUGAAGCUACGACAGAUCAAGAUGAAGCCCGAUCUCUACAAAUGCAUCGAUCCACCAGCAACUCUAAACAAGGACUGCGCCAAAGUGACAUUCAGCGAUCGGACGCACAAGCUGUUCAACGAGUGCUUGGCAAUGGCACAACAGAAGAUGAAGACCGCGAAAGCCUCGAUUGGUCUGAAGAAGCGUCGCCCCGUGCGUCUCGGUGUUCUUCUUCCUAGCGUUGUUCGUGCACAAGCGAUACCGUAG